GGAGAGUGGAGAGCCUUUCCAGACUUCCCGUUACCAUGAAAUCCUCCCAGAAAUCUCGAUUCUUCUCCACCUCCUCAUAUGCCAGUGUCACUUACACGAUCAUCAACAAGAAGGAUGACCAAAAUACCCCUCCAUCACAGGUCAAAACCGCCGAGAUUCCCGUCGAGUGCUUUUCCGAUGAAGUUCCAGUUCCGAUCGAUGUCCAUCUCCCGGCCUCUCUCCAACCCUCGGAAUCUUCAGCUGCCGUGAAGAUACAAUCGGCCUAUCGGGCACACAUGAUCCGAACACUGGUCAAGAGGAUCAGGGCCGUCAAUAAGGAGGCGGACCGGUUGCAGAAGCUCAUACAACGGCAGGAGACCGUCGAUGCCAUCCGAAGCGACGAACGGGAGAAGGUGAGGAUGAACGAGGCACUCAUGGCUUUGCUGCUGAGGCUUGAUUCGGUGCCGGGAAUAUAUCCGGCGGUGCGUGAGAUACGGAGAGCGGCGAGCCGUCGGGUAGUGGGGUUGCAGGAGAUUCUGGAUGCAGUGGCGGACGCCAGAGUCCACGAUGCCGACGGGUUCCUCACCAACUGGGAUCAGAUGAUUGCAGAUAUGGAAGAAGACGUAUGUCUGAGGAGAGGAGGGGAGGAAAUGGAGAGAUUUUGCGCGGAGAAGUUAGGGUUCCGAUGCUUUGAGAGGUUUCUUCGUGGGGUUUAAUUAUUUCUUUCCUCUCUUCUCCUCUCC